GCAGCCUGCGUUUUUGGAACACCGCCCUGACUCUGUAGUUCCCGCCCCUCUGCUCCAGUCUCAGCCUAUUCGAGCGGAUCAAUGAGAGAUCAGCUCAUAUUUGAACUGCUGCAGACAGCCAAAAACAUACCAUCGACAACGGGCUAGAAUAAAGAAUAAAGAGGCACAACAGAGGAGCAUGGGUUGUCACAACAGCAGAGUUUGUGGCCAGGUCUCCCGGAAAAAGAAAAAAAAUAGAGCACAAGAAGGUGAGAAGCACAUAAAGGACAUCAAACUUCAAGAUGGAAGUGGUACACGCUCAUCUGAGGAGAAUCACUUGGAGGCUUAUGAGUGUCAGCUAAAGAUACUACAUGCAGUUUUGACGGCUUCAGGAGACCAGGAGAGAGACCAGCUCCUCAAGGACCAUCCUGGAGACAUCUGCACUUUAGUCCACAGCAUUAUAGAGAAGGUAAAGACUGAGAUAACCGCUGACCUAAAUGAUCUUCAUGAAAAACAGAUGAGGAGCACCUUAGAACGGCAUCAGAGCGCAACAGAAGAGCUACAGCGAUUACACAAUGAAGAGAAGAACAUUUUAAAUGAGUCGCAUGCAGCAGCUGAGAAUGCUUUGAAGGAUCAGAUUGAAGGGCUGACGUCAGAGCUGAAGCUGUUCAACGAGUUAAAGCGCAGAGCGGAGGGGUCCACGCUCAAGAGAGACCUUCAGAGAAAUAUUGAGACUCAUGGCAGCCCUGGUGCAUUCUGGGAGCAGGAGCAGGAGAGUCUGUUAUUUGUCAUCGAAAUGAAGCGCGAGCAUUUACAGGACCAGGGGAACAAGCUGCUGCAGAUGGAAACAUUGGUGGAGAAGAAUCUGUCGCUGGAGGAUCAGCUCCUGCAGGCUCUCCAGCAGAGCGAGGACUACAGUGUGCGGAUAGACAACUACCAAAGCCUCAUACAACAACUGUCUAGGGAGCAGAACGAGCUGCAGGAAGCGUUAGAGAAGCCUUCUGUCAUACCCACACAAGUGUCUCCCAGCUGA